AGAGCAAGAUCAAUAAGCCUAAAUAGAAAACAUGAACCACCAAAACGAGAUUAUGAUCAAGGAAGAUACCACGGACGAGAACGGCCUCAACACUAUGAGCGACCAAGAAAAUACCAAGAAAGGCCUCGGAGAAAAGUGGCCAGAACCAACCGUCCGAGUGCAGUCCCUAGCCGAGAGCAACCUUGCUACCGUCCCCGACCGUUACAUUAAGCCGCCGUCUGAACGCCCUGAUCAAACUAUCAUCAUCAACCACCAACCUAAAACUGCCGCCAUCAAUAUCCCAGUCGUAGACCUAAACAGCCUCUUCUCCGGCAACAAAGAGGAGAGGGAGAGGAUGUCGGAGGCAUGCCGUGAGUUUGGUUUCUUCCAGGUGAUCAACCACGGGGUGAGGCCAGAGCUGAUGGAAGCGGCUAGAGAAGCUUGGAGAAGCUUCUUCAAUUUGCCUGUCGAGGCCAAAGAAGUUUACUCAAACUCCCCAAGUACCUAUGAAGGAUACGGCAGCAGAUUGGGUGUGGAAAAAGGAGCUAUUCUUGAUUGGAAUGAUUAUUACUUCCUCCAUUAUCUGCCUCUCGUCUUGAAGGACCUCAACAAAUGGCCUUCUAUACCUUCCAACAUUAGAGAAGUGAUGGAUGAGUACGGUGAGGAACUAGUGAAGCUAGGCGAGAGACUUACGAGGGUUUUAUCGUCAAACUUGGGACUAAAAGAAGAACAACUUAAAGAGGCAUUUGGUGGAGAAGCCGUAGGUGCAUGUAUGAGGGUUAAUUAUUACCCGAAAUGCCCUCGACCAGAGCUUGCCCUUGGCCUCUCCCCUCAUUCUGAUCCCGGCGGCAUUACCAUCCUCUUGCCAGACGAUAAAGUUGUCGGCCUUCAGGUCCGUUACGGUGACACGUGGAUCACCGUCAAUUCUCACCCUCAUGCUUUUAUCGUCAAUCUCGGUGAUCAAAUUCAGAUACUAAGCAAUUCCAUAUACAAGAGUUCGGAGCAUCGAGUGAUAGUGAAUUCACAGAAAGAAAGGGUGUCACUUGCAUUCUUCUAUAACCCCAAGAGUGACAUUCCUAUCCAACCACUGCAACAACUUGUCACAUCUACUAAUCCUCCUUUAUAUCCUCCCAUGUCCUUCGAUGAGUAUAGACUCUUCAUUCGAACUCAAGGUCCUCGUGGCAAAUCCUACGUGGAGUCUCAUAUAUCUCCUCUUGAUAAUUGAUAUCUACUUCAAAUAUGUCUGACAAAAGAGAACGAAAUGUUAUUUGGUGAGGAAAUCGAAGUAAUGGGAUAUCAAAAAGAUACCAGAAGAUUCUACUGAUCAACGAACACAAUAUACUGGAUAUCAAAAUGAAUCAAUAUACCGAAAAUAAUCUAUUGUAGUUUAUUAUUUAUGCAAUUUAUAUAUUCUAUGGUCCUAUAUGUUUACAGUUUUAUAUUGUAUUAUAAUAUAAACUCAACAUAAUGGAGGUUUCUUUUUAUAUCGUUUA